AUGGUGCAAAUUGGGAUUCAGAGCAGAAGUUUCGAUACUAACGCGCCCUAUGUUGCAUACAUAAGUAUCCGGAUUGGGUACAAGGAAUAUUUCGCAAUCCGGACGGUCACAGCGUCAAAACCGAUCACUCAAACAAUAUCCUACGGCGAACGAAAUUCGACGCUGAACAACAGCUUCAGCAGUGGUUGA